AUGUUCGCUUUCUUUUUGACGUCGCCAUCACUCUGGUCGGCUCUGCUCUCACUAUCAUUAUUUGCCGGCAGACUCUAUGGUCAAGCAGUCUCCAGCAAUUGUGGUCAAACACUUAUUACUAGAACAAUUAGCAGUCAAGCAGAUGCUACUGCCGUAGCAGCAUGUUCUACUUUUAGUGGAAGUCUUGUCAUUGCGACCACUUUGCCAGCUUCGGAUGCUGUCAUCAAUUUCGGGGCUCUCAAAGAGAUCAAAGGCUCGCUAUCGGCUCAAAGAGUCGUGAGCCUCGAAACUCUCAAUGCAAGCCAGCUUCUACGGAUUGGUGGCGAUUUCAGCAUGGUUUCGCUACCUAAUUUGAACACUCUAGCCUUCCGACAAUUACUACAAACCGAGUACUUCACACUCGUUGACAUACCCUUCGUGCCACGAAUAGACUUCAGCGCGGAUACGUUAAGUGGUUCUGGCUUAACUGCGAGUACCGUAAUCAUCAUGGACACUGGGCUCACUACAUUGGCGUCUCUCAAUUUGAGAACCGUUGACGCAGUACACAUACGGAACAACUCUUAUCUGUCAUCUAUCGCUCUGCCACUACAAGUAGUGAGGCAGAAAGUCAACAUCAACCACAUUGGUGCACUUGACUUACGUCUGCUGAGAACUACCGAGAACAUGACACUCGAUGGUCUUACGACCUUCGAUCUGAGGAGCCUGGAGAAUGUCACAGACCUCUGGGUGAGAGGAUCUGUGUCAGAACUGAUACUGCCCAGCUUAACCAAUAUGACAAAUUUCAAUAUAGAAUCUGUGCGGUCUGAUUUCAACUGCUCAGUUUUCGACACCGGCCAUAAAGUUGGCUUGAUCACCGGAAAUUAUAGCUGCAGUGGGACGCAUCAGGUACUCGCACCCUUUGUGCCGUCUCCCGCUCCCAGGACCAAUAUUACCUCUUCUCCCUCGCCAUCAAAAACAAAUCAUUCGAGCACGGGAAGCCUUCCAACAACAACCGCAUCCACACCAACUGCGCUAUCCGAAAAGAUGAAAGGGGGCUCUGCAGCGAAUACCAGAACCAUCGCCAUUUCUGUAAGCGUUAGUAUUGUUGGAAGUCUAGCUACUGUCUCAGCUCUGACAUAUCUGCUACGGAAAAGAUCGAAAAGAGAUAUAUCUGUGCCGGAAGUUCUGCCCGAGAGCAAAGCGCGUUCAGAAACAAGUGAUGCAUUUGGAAAACCAGAAUUGGAUAAUGAAACCACUUAUCGCAGGGAACUGGAUGCCGGCGAAAUUCGGCCUGAGCUCUCAGAUAGUGACGUGAUACAGGAACUGAAUGGAGAGCCUGGUGUCGUUGAGAUGGGAAACUAUGAUCCCAAAGAAACUUAUGAGUUAUCAGCAGAGCGGUUAGAAUGGCAGGAAAAGGGAAAUUGGAUAUGA